AUCUCUCGUUUUAUUCCCUCCCUCUGUGCGUUUCCGUUAAUUAUUAGCGAUAAAAAUAAAAGAAGAAGGGCUGAGGGAUUGAUUGAGGCAGGCAGCCCUUCCUGUCCAGUGGCUACUCUACUCCCAUAAUCUUCACUGCAAAGUGCAUACGCACGCAGACUCUGGUUACUUAGAGCAGUAAUGGCGGUGACGCCACUGCUUCACCACAACAGCCCCCUCCUUAAUAAUUCAAAACCUUCACCGAAGCCCCCUCUCCCGCAUUUCUUGUCAUCGUCUUACCACUCUUCAUCUUCUUCUUCUUCUUUUCUUCUUUCAUCAAUUAACUACUGCCCUCUUACUUCCUCGUCCUUUUCUUCUUCUUCUUCAUGCCCUGCUGUAUCGCAACCUUCACCGCCAUGUCUCCGCGUUUCCACCGCCCCCGUUGAGUACGCCUCCGGUCCAGCUCCCGAAUUCGAUUUCCACCUGGAACUUGCCAGACUCAAAGCGCUUGGGUCCAACCUCUCUAACUCUACUUCCUUGCCAGACAAACUUCAAGUCCUUGACUCCGAUUCUAGGGUUAGGUUCUUCUUCAAUUCCGCUUCCGGUAAGAAUGAGUUGUUUACGUUUUUUGAGAGUUUGAAAUUGGAUGACUAUCUAGUUUAUUUGCUUAAGUGCGCCGUUGCGGCCGGCCAAGAGCACGUGCUGCGUGGGGAUGAUUUUGACGACAGCGGAGAUUUUGAUUCUCCCUCUUCUUCUUCGGCCAGCGCAUUGAAGAGAGCACUAUAUGCACUGGCGGAGAUGGUUGACAGUUGGGAUGUCACUGGUGAGAGCAGCAAGGUGGGUUUGGCAAACAAAAUCUCGCGACACGGAGAGGAAGAUGUUAACGCGUUCAAGUUACUGCUGAAAACCCUUGGAGACGUUGAGCAGUUUUAUGAUUGCAUUGGAGGUAUCAUUGGAUAUCAAAUAAUGGUUCUGGAGCUUCUAGCCCACUCAACAUGUGAAGAAAAGGCAGUCAAUUGGUCCCAGGACAAUAAAAGUUCAUUGCAGUGCCAGUUUAUAGAAAUUCAUCCUCCUAAAGUACUUGAUCUCUCUCAAGAUACCGAAUAUGCAUCUCAAGCAGCUCUAUGGGGUAUCGAGGGUUUGCCAGAGUUGGGAGAAAUCUAUCCUUUUGGAGGCUCCGCUGAUCGGCUGGGAUUGGUGGACCCUGACACAGGUGAAUGUCUUCCUGCUGCUAUGCUUGCUUAUUGUGGAAGGACAUUACUGGAAGGUUUAAUAAGAGAUCUUCAGGCAAGAGAGUUCUUGUUCUUCAAGUUGUAUGGAAAACAAUGUAUUACUCCUGUAGCUAUUAUGACCAGUUCUGCAAAGAAAAAUCAUGAACGUAUUCUCUCACUAUGUGAAAGACUUGAAUGGUUUGGAAGAGGAAGAUCUAAUUUUCGACUUUUUGAGCAGCCUCUUGUUCCAGCUAUUAGAGCAGAAGAUGGGCAAUGGAUUGUUCGUGGACAAUUCAUGCCAGUAUGCAAGCCUGGUGGUCAUGGUGUGAUUUGGAAACUUGCCUAUGAUAAGGGUGUAUUUCAGUGGUUUGGCAAUUAUGGGCGUAAAGGUGCAACUGUUCGGCAAGUCAGUAAUGUUGUGGCUGCUACAGAUUUGACUCUCUUGGCUUUGACAGGAAUCGGUCUUCGACAAAGGAAGAAAUUAGGCUUUGCUUCAUGUAGAAGAAACACGGGGGCAACAGAAGGCAUAAAUGUCCUGAUCGAGAAAAGGACUCUUGAUGACAAGUGGGCAUAUGGUUUGUCAUGUAUUGAGUACACUGAAUUCGAUAAAUUUGGAAUUAUCAAUGGACCUCUUUCUUCUAAAAGUUUGGAGGCAGACUUUCCAGCCAACACAAAUAUCCUAUAUGUAGAUUUGCCUUCAGCAGAGCUUGUUGGAUCAAGUAAAAAUGAAACCAGCUUGCCAGGCAUGGUACUUAAUGUGAAGAAGCCAGUAAGAUAUGUUGACCAGUUUGGCCUGACGCACAGUGUUUCUGGUGGCCGUCUGGAAUGCACAAUGCAAAAUAUUGCAGAUAAUUUUUUUAACACUUACUCAUCUCGACAUUAUGAGGAUGUAGAAGAAGGUCUAGAUACCUUUAUUGUUUACAAUGAAAGAAGGAAGGUCACAUCAUCUGCUAAGAAGAAAAGAAUGCAUGGGAAUAAAUCUUUAAACCAGACUCCAGAAGGUUCUAUACUGGAUAUCAUGCGUAAUGCAGCCGACCUUCUCUCGCACUGUCAGAUAAGCAUCCCUAAGAUUCUUGGUAAUGAAGAUUAUGUUGACUCAGGGCCCCCAUUUCUUAUCCUGCUUCAUCCUGCUUUAGGCCCUCUUUGGGAAGUUACCAGACAGAAAUUUCAUGGAGGUUCAAUAUCAAUGGGUUCCGAGUUGCAAGUAGAAGUUGCAGAGUUCGUGUGGAGAGAUGUGCAGCUUCACGGAAGUCUGAUAAUUUUGGCGGAAAACAUCAUGGGAUCUAUGAUCAUUAAUGAGAAUGGCGAAACAGUACUGCAGUAUGGGAAGAGGUGCGGAAGAUGUAAGUUAGAAAAUGUUAAGGUAGUGAACAAAGGAAUUGACUGGAAUUCAGGAGACAACUUGUAUUGGAAGCAUGAUGUGGACCGGAUCGAGGCUGUGAAGGUUAUACUCCAUGGAAAUGCUGAAUUUGAAGCAAUGGAUGUCACCCUGCAGGGCAAUCAUCUGUUUGAAGUUCCUGAUGGCUACAGAAUGAGGGUUACCUCUGGGAAAUCAGGUUUACAAGUACAACUAAGAGCUGUUGAAGAAAAAUGGGUGGAGUCUGGAAGCUGGUUUUGGAGCUAUAAGAUAGAGGGCACUCAUAUUCAAUUGGAGUUGGUCGAGUUAUAGAAGACUUGCCUCAUUUCACUGAAUGUUUUGUGAAUCAUGGUUCACAUGAACUUGUGCUCAAAUGCUGAUUAUAGUCCCUCCCUGAGCUGGUGGGUUGAACAGAAGUUCAUCCUGUCCUGGUCUAUAGAUAAGACGCACAAAAGCAAAUUGAAUCCCUUGUUGUUGAACUAGUUAUCAAUUUUAGGGAUAAUAUGUUCAACAAGAGUGGAGAUAGUCAGUUACAGUAUCUGUUGUUUGUAUCUUCAGCGUAAAGCAUGUACAAGUACAUUUUAUGAUUUUCAGCAAUAAAAGCUAUUUAUCAGUUCUUUUCUCA